AUGGAUACCCUAAACUCGCCGUCUCACAUUCGAGACGCGUCGCCGACGCCUGAUCCUGUCAGCCAUGCUUCUCGACAGUCCUCCUCAAAGAACUCUCGUAAACGAGAUAUUGAAGAAAUGCAGGAGGUUACGGCAGGCCUCGUGCCGUCCAGCAGUCUCGGCCAGUUCUCCUUUGCUCCCGCCACCCGAACGACCGUCGUAACAACGACCACCACCACAACCACCAACUUUCCUCCUCUGGUUUUCAACCCACCUCGAUCCGCUCGUCAUCUUGAUCCUAAACUAUACCCUCUUGCUGCUAAUCCAACUCCUUCCGAACUAAGACGCUUCCAGUUCGAACUCGGCGGACAGUCUGUCAUUUUUAAUGAACCAGAUGAUACUACUGCUGCCCUCGACGAGUUAAAUGAACAACGAGAUGCUUUGAAAGCAUCAAAAGGCGUCCUCACUUCUGUUGCAGUCUACGAUGGCCCCGAUCAAAACGCCACCCCUUCCCAACCACCGACGCAUCAGGUUUCUAAAGCGACUGGUUCGAGACGUCGGCCGGGCUCUCCCCUUGGUAAACGCGAAUCUUCUCGUAAAAAUCGAUCUUUGGGAACAGCGCCAGAGCCCCGUGGCCCGAAUAUGCCGAGAAGGAGUCGUUUGGGACGAGUUGCCUCCGCCACUAGUUCAUCGGCCCCUGGCUUGGCCACACCAGAAACAGAAUCAAACCAAUUCCGCCUCGAUCACCAUGCGGUACUGAGAAAGCGAAUUCACGGCGGGAGGGCAGGCCACAAAGUCAACUCCGGCUCUUCCAACGACGAUCAAGACUCCUUGCAAUCCUCGAAUCCUAGACCACCUUUGUUUACAAGAGCUCCCAGUGAAACACAUGAUAAGUCUGAGGAGGCCACCAGCGCCGUGGAGAACUCCCAAGACUCUCAACACGCUCUAUCAGCACCCGGGGGACUUGACUCUGGAGAGGCCAUGAUAGAGGACAAUGAGACAAGCCAAUAUCCGGAAUCAUCUGCUACUCAGCCGUACCGGACCGUGCCCGGCCUUGCUAACCUGCCUGCUAUCGAUAGUGCUCUAAGCCAAGAUAUGUGUUUGCCUAGUCCAAGCCUAUCGCCUGUUACCGCUAUGAACACCCACAACCCCGAUUCCUUUUUCGAAUUUACUGAAGACCAGGGAACCGAAACCGACUCCAGCCUUGAUAAUCAGGUAUCCAAAUUGACACGCCUUACUUCCCGAAAUGGCGCCACGAGUGUAUCAGCGCCAGCAGACGUUUACAAUGGUACUAUACAACCACGCCCUCCGUCUCUAAUGGAAAUUCCGGCUACGUUGGAUUUCUUUGAAUCGAUCCCAGACGAGAUGAAGACUUAUAUGAUGUAUCAGCUGCUGAGACGUUGUCCCAAGUCUACAUUACAGUUCGUUGCCGACGUCGUGAAUCCAGCCCUCAAGUGCGAUUUCCUGGCCUUGCUCCCUGCCGAACUGACACUCAACAUUGUGCGAUACCUCGACCUAAAGUCAAUGUGCCGAGCGGCCCAGGUGUCGAAGAAAUGGCGGCAUAUCAUCAACUCUGACGAAAGGUCAUGGAAACAGCUGUUCGACAGUCAUGGAUUCAAGCUCCCACCGGGCGAACUACAACGCGCUAUCAGAGAAGGCUGGGGCUGGCAGUUCCCCAAUGGAAGCGAUGACUGGGAGAAAGACCUCUCUAGUUCCGUGAUGAAACUUGACUCGGAUAACUUGCCGGUCGACCAGUCGAGUGCUUUUGCCGAUACGGCGUCUGUAGGCUCCUCAUCCUCGCGUCGACCAAAGAGGAAGGCUGCCGCCAACCGAACAUCAAGUCGGAAACUAGCCAGGCGGAAGCUUACGUCAUCGCAUGAAGCAGCCCCCGCAUCGUACGACUGGGCUGGGGAGGCCACCUCGCUUGAAGGCCCAUAUGCGGCUGCAAACGCUGCUGCUAUUGCUGUCCCAUACCCAGAAGUUGGUAUACCUUCGCUUCGCAGUGUGCAUCUCUACAAGUCCCUCUACCAGCGCCAUUCCACGAUUCGUAAAAGCUGGAUGCGUUCCGAUCUGAAUCCCAAGCACUUGGCUUUCCGUGCACAUGACCGCCAUGUAGUCACCUGCCUUCAGUUCGACACGGAGAAGAUUCUCACCGGCAGUGACGACACGAAGAUCCAUGUGUAUGACACUAAAUCCGGCGCGCUCAAGUCAAUUCUUUCCGGUCACGAAGGCGGUGUGUGGGCUCUAGAGUAUUAUGGCAACACGCUUGUGUCGGGGUCGACUGAUCGGUCGGUCCGUGUUUGGGAUAUUGAAAAGGCUAAAUGCACUCAAGUAUUCCACGGCCACACGUCUACUGUUCGGUGCUUGCAAAUACUACUUCCCACGGAAGUCAGUAAGAAUGCCGACGGGUCGGCGGAGAUGAUGCCCAAAGAGCCUCUCAUUAUUACCGGUUCCCGCGACUCUAACCUCAGGGUGUGGAAACUUCCAAAGCCAACUGAUCCUACCUAUCUUGAUGCGAGCCCACACGCAAACGAUACUGAUUGCCCAUAUUUCUUACGCACGCUCUCUGGCCACCAGCAUUCAGUACGCGCCAUUGCGGCCCAUGGAGAUACUCUAGUCUCUGGAAGUUACGAUUGCACCGUACGUGUCUGGAAAAUUUCCACCGGUGAAAGUGUGUUUAAGCUACAGGGCCAUACGCUCAAGGUCUAUAGCGUCGUCUUGGACGUGGAAAGGAACCGGUGCAUCAGUGGAUCCAUGGACAACAUGGUCAAAAUAUGGUCCCUCGAGAAUGGUACUUUGUUACACACUCUCGAAGGCCAUUCGUCUCUCGUCGGUCUCCUUGACCUAAAGAGUGAUCGGCUAGUUUCUGCAGCCGCAGAUUCUACCCUCCGAAUCUGGGACCCCGAAGAUGGUCAGUGCAAGAGUACCUUGACUGCCCACACUGGCGCCAUCACAUGUUUCCAGCAUGAUGGCGAAAAGGUUAUUUCUGGCUCUGAUAGAACUUUGAAGAUGUGGAAUGUGCGCACUGGUGAGUGUAUCAAAGACCUACUCAAGGAUCUCAGUGGCGUUUGGCAAGUGAGAUUCGACGAUCGUAGAUGCGUCGCUGCCGUACAGCGAGAUGGUUUAACUUAUAUUGAGGUCCUUGAUUUUGGCGCUUAUCGGGAUGGUUUCCCCGACUACCGACUUGGUAAACGAAUAGUCGUCGAUCGGCAGGGCAUUGAGGUUGCCGACGAUGACGAAGAUGAUUACGACGCAACAGAAUAA